AUGGCGAUUCUUAAGAAAGGAGGUCAGGUGGUUGAUUCCUCCCGCCUCAUCGGAAAAAACUCUAGGUUGAUCAACGGUAUAAUCCAUGUUGGCGGUCGGUUGCGACAUGCGCCUUUAUCUACUGGAAGAAAACACUCGAUUAUACUGGAUGAUCGACACCCUCUCACCACACUGAUUGCCCGUCAUUACCACCACAAAUACUUUCACGCGGGUCAACAGCUUUUGAUUUCAAAUAUACGAGAGCGUUUUUGGCCAUUGAAUAUUCGACGAGUAGCACGGCAGGUAAUACAUAGUUGUAUGCCAUGUUUCCGAAGUAAACCAAAGGUGCAAGAUCAGUUGAUGGCCGAUUUACCGGAGGAGAGAGUGAACCCAGCUCCACCAUUCCUGAAAGUGGGUUUGGACUAUUGUGGUCCGUUCUUUAUGUCGUACCUUGGGCGUAAGGCUCGGCCGGUAAGAUGCUAUGUAGCACUAUUUGUGUGUUUGGUGACUAAAGCGGUACAUUUGGAGAUAGUAGCGGAUCUUACAACCCAAGCAUUCUUGGCUGCAUUGAAGCGAUUCGGGGCACGUAGGUCGAAACCAUCAUUGAUAAUGUGUGAUAACGCCAAAACGUUCGUCGGAGCUAGAAAGGAACUUGAUGAACUUGCAAGCCUGCUCAGUGCACAACAAUUUCAGGAAUCUGUGAUGAAGGAGGCGAUGAUUGAGAGUAUUGAAUUCAAAUUCAUCCCUGCAAGAACCCCGAAUUUUGGUGGUUUGUGGGAGGCGGCAGUAAAAUCAUUCAAAAGCCAUUUCAAGAAAACGAUUGGAACCAAUACGUUAACUUGCGAUGAACUUACUACGGUAGUGGUACAAAUUGAGGCGUGCUUGAAUUCUCGACCAUUGACAGCACUGAGCAGUGACCCAAAUGAUCUGGAGGUUUUGACACCGGGCCACUUUCUCGUCCAACGGCCGCUAACUGCCAUCGCCGAACCGAAUUUUGAGAUGAUCAAGAAGAACAGACUAUCGGCAUGGUAA